UUUUCGGGUACUUUUCUUUUUAUAUAAUUUCCUCACCCCGCCUCUCUUUGUUAUUUACAUAAUGCUUCGUUCACUCUGUACGCCCUCUUUACGUCUUAUUUGCAAGCCAACUACACGUUGCAGACUCUAUUCAACCCCUGCGGUUCCUAAAAAGCCGAAUCAUGCUUUAGGAGUACAAAACGUGAAGCCAUGGAGUGAAUUAAGCACACCACAAAAGGUGGUGGUGGCUUCCAAAACCACGGUGAAUGUAGGUGUGAUUUUAGCAGGUGUAGCACUUACAGGUACAAUUGUAUAUUACAUUGGGUCUGAACUCUUUGGCUCGGACAGUGCGACUAGUGUCUUUUCAGACGCGGUGGAUAAGAUUCGUAAGCAUGAGGAGUUGGUUGCUAUACUGGGUGAACCUGUCAAGGGCCAUGGUGAGCCCAGCCGAAAUAGUCGUCGACGUAAUCGUCGCAUUACGUCGCAAGUAGUGGAAGAUGCCAAUAAUGAGCCUCACAUGUUUAUGAGGUUCUAUGUAGAGGGACCAGAGAACCAAGGCACAGUCAUGUUGGAGAUGAUUAAGAAUGAACAGAAAAAGUGGGAAUAUAAACAAUUGUACGUGGAUGUCCCAGGUCAAGGUUUACCUUCCAAACGUAUCUACAUUGAACGUAAAUAA